AUGACCAUACGAGCCGUCAUCUUUGACAUCGGCGGGGUCGUCGUGGGCUCGCCAUUGGCCGGCAUUGCAAAGUACGAGCUCGAGCAUGGCCUGCCGGCACAUUAUCUCAAUACUGCCAUCACGGCUCGAGGCAAGGAGGGCAGCUUCCAACGCUUCGAGAGAGGCAAGCUAGAACUGGGUGCAUUCCUCGAAGAAUUUGGCAUCGAGAUGAGCGACGUCAGCUUCAACAAUGAAGCUUACUCGGCAUACUGUCGCAAGCUCGCCAAAGAUAUACCCAGCCUGCCGACAGAGCUUGAUGUCGAUGGACAGGACUUGUUCAUCGUGUACAUGCUGGGCGAAGCUUCAAAGAUGGACCCGAUCGUAGUCAACGCGAUCAGGCGACUCAGGCAGAGCAAAAAGUACAUUGUCGCCGCGCUAUCCAAUUCUUUUGAAGCGCCAAAAAGUACCAAUGCAUCUCAAGUCGGACCACCUCCGGAGCUUCGAGCCCUCUUUGAUGACUACGUCGACAGCUGGGUCGUCGGCAUGCGGAAACCGGAUCCAGAGAUCUACAAAUACACACUCGAACGACUCAAGAUACGGCCCGAUGAGGCGGUCUUCCUUGAUGACAUAGGCCUGAAUCUGAAGCCGGCUCAAGAUCUCGGGAUGAAGACCAUCCGAGUCUAUCUCGGGAAAUCGCGCGAGGCGAUCAAGGAGCUGGAAGCUGUGCUCAGCAUGGAUUUAUCUGCACCAGCACCAGAGAGCAGACUAUAG